AGAGUGGAAAAAAAGAAGGGAGGAGGAGGAGAGGAAGGAUGGACGUACAAUAUCGAGCGUGAAACAUUUAUAUGGGGUGUAUUUGUAUUUUUGUUUGUAAAUAGAUUAUUAUAACUCUAUAAUUAAGAUCUCAGAUGGAAAUUUAUUUUGCAAAGCAAUACACGCAGUGAGCUGCUACAAGCCAUCCAUAUGUCAGCCUAUGCAACGACGCUGGAUUUGCACUAAUAAAUCACUGCAAUUUGUGUGCAUGUAAACAUCCACUACACGGAAAUUAUUCUGAAGGACGUUUGUGUUUUUUUUUUUGUUUUGUUUUGUUUUGGGUUUUUUUUUUGCACCAGGCCUGUCAACAUUUAUGCAGAAAUGCUGCAGCUGUUGUUUCUUGUAAUUUCCAACGUGCUUCCCACACUUAUUGCAUCCAUGCAUAAUUCAACAACUGAAGGAUGCGCCAUCAUUCGCCCUCCUAGAGAUGGAGGGAUUCGUUACAGGGGACUGACUCAGGAGCAGAUUCGGAGUGUGCAGAUUUUGCCUGUAGACUAUGAGAUUGAAUAUAUCUGCCGCGGGAACAGAGCGAUUGUUGGGCCGAAGGUGCGGAAGUGUCUCCCUGAUGGCACAUGGACAGAUAUGGAUCAGCAGAGCAGAUGCUUGUUUCUGUGUCCUCACACGUGGACAUCUUUGGACAAUGGCAGAGUGACACUGCAACCCCCUGGACCUCCAGUAGAAGGCACUGUGCUCCAUUACAGCUGUCAUGCUGGCUUCCUGUUAGAGGGCAGAAACAUUUCCCACUGCACCAAGCAGGGCAACUGGGACUCACCCAAACCACUGUGUAUUUAUGACAUAAAUUAUACAGGGAAGAAGAAGCUGUACAUCGGUGCGCUGUUCCCGAUGAGCGGAGGAUGGCCUGGGGGACAAGCAUGUCUGCCUGCCGCACAGAUGGCACUGGAGCUCGUCAACAACCGCACUGACAUCCUGCCCGACUACGAACUCGAGCUCAUCUAUUACGACAGCAUGUGUGACCCUGGGGAGGCCACGAAGCUCCUGUAUGACCUCCUUUACACAGAGCCGUUAAAAAUCGUCCUGAUGCCAGGAUGCAGCUCUGUUUCUACACUAGUCGCUGAAGCGGCUCGCAUGUGGAACCUCAUAGUGUUCUCCUAUGGCUCCAGCUCUCCAGCACUGUCCAACAGGCAGCGGUUUCCAACAUUUUUCCGCACACAUCCCUCUGCGACGCUGCAUAACCCCACACGUGUGCGCCUCUUCCAAAAGUGGAAUUGGAACAAGAUCGCUACCAUACAGCAAACAACAGAAGUCUUCACUUCGACAUUGGAUGAUCUUGAGCAGAGGGUGAAGGAAGCUGGAAUAGAGAUAAGUGUGAGACAGAGUUUCCUCACUGAUCCCGCCGUGGCUGUCAAGAACUUGAAGCGUCAAGAUGCCAGGAUCAUUGUUGGCCUUUUCUAUGAGACCGAAGCAAGAAAAGUCUUUUGUGAGGUCUAUAAGGAGAAACUCUACGGAAAGAAGUAUGUUUGGUUCCUUAUUGGCUGGUAUGCAGACAAUUGGUUUAAAAUCAAAGACCCAGCCAUUAACUGUACUAUGGAGCAGAUGACAGAGGCUGUAGAAGGACAUGUCACUACAGAGAUUGUCAUGCUGAACCCUGAGACUGUCCGUGGUGCUUCCAACCUGACUUCCCAGGAGUUUCUGGCUCAGCUCAUGUCUCGUCUCGGUGGGAAGAACCCUGAGGAGACAGGGGGUUUUCAAGAGGCUCCCUUGGCAUAUGAUGCAGUGUGGGCUCUUGCUUUGGCUCUUAAUAAGACGGUUGCACCGCUACGAGCUAAAGGAAGAAGACUGGAGGACUUUAAUUACAACAACCAGGACAUCACAGCAGAGAUAUAUCGUGCUCUCAAUACCAGCUCGUUUGAAGGAGUAUCAGGCCAUGUAGUCUUCGAUGCUCAGGGAUCCAGAAUGGCUUGGACACUCAUAGAACAACUGCAAGGUGGGAGUUACAAGAAGAUUGGAUACUAUGACAGCACAAAAGGCAAUCUUUCGUGGUACGGAAAUGACAAGUGGAUAGGCGGAGACCCUCCAAGAGAUCAGACGGUGGUGUUAGAAGAAGUUCGCUUUCUUUCCCAGAAGCUGUUUGUUUCUGUAUCUGUGUUUGCUGGCCUGGGAAUCAUCCUGGGCAUUGUUUGUCUCACAUUCAAUAUCUACAACAGCAACAUUCGGUACAUCCAGAACUCUCAGCCGUACUUGAAUAACAUUACAGCUGUGGGUUGUGUACUUGCCCUGGCUGCUGUUUUUCCAUUGGGCAUUGACGGGCUUCAUGUACACAGAUCUCGGUUUCCUGUAGUGUGUCAGUUCCGUCUGUGGCUGCUGGGGCUGGGGUUCAGUUUGGCUUAUGGCAGCAUGUUCACUAAGAUUUGGUGGGUUCAUACAGUGUUCACUAAGAAGGUUGAGAAAAAAGAGAAGAGGAAGCAUUUGGAACCCUGGAAGCUCUAUGCAACAGUAGGAGUUUUACUGGCCAUUGACGUCCUGUCUCUGAUGGUCUGGCAGAUUGUUGACCCUCUGCGCCUUACCUUAGAGACGUUCACUAAAGAAGAUCCUAAAGGAGAUUUGGAUUUUUUGAUUCAGCCUGUACUGGAACACUGUAGCUCAGAGAAGAUGAACACAUGGCUUGGAGUGGUGUAUGGCUAUAAAGGACUGCUCCUGCUGCUGGGUAUCUUCCUAGCCUAUGAGACCAAAUCAAUCUCUACUGAGAAGAUUAAUGACCACCGAGCUGUCGGCAUGGCUAUCUACAACGUGGCUGUGCUAUGUAUGAUCACAGCUCCUGUGACGAUGAUUCUCUCCUCUCAGCAGGAUGCCUCAUUUGCCUUUGCCUCUCUGGCUAUAGUGUUCUCAGUCUACAUCACUUUGGUGGUACUGUUUGUGCCCAAGAUGCGGCGAUUGAUCAUGCGUGGGGAGUGGCAGUCUGAGCAGCAGGACACACUGAAGACGGGAUCGUCUACCAAUAACAAUGAUGAAGAAAAAUCCCGGCAGCUUGAGAGAGAGAAUCGAGAACUCCAGAAGAUCAUUCAAGAGAAAGAGGAACGUGUAACAGAACUACGACACCAAUUAGCAGAACGUCAGGCUCUCCGUGCUCGGAAACCAGUGUCUUGUCAGAACCAAAACCAGAACCACAGUGUUCCCCCUACGGCUUCAUCUGAGCCUCCGGGCUACUCGCCUGGCUCAGAGCAACACUCUGUGCCUCCCUCCUUCUCCAACAACUCCACCCUUUACCAGGGAGAAGGGAAGCUCAGCCGGAAUCACUGCCACAACAGCCGACUGCCUCUUCUCUACAAAUGAGUCCGGCAGAACAUGAAAUAUACAGGCUGUGUGUCGUUGAGUUCAUGUGAGUUAACACAGUGUAGUUCAACACCUUGGGUUUUAAUCUUACUCUUUCACUCCAGCCUUUUUUUCUUUUUUAAAGUAAAGUCUGCCAAUAUGUGCUUAAGUAUAGUGCUGUUCCAUCUUAUGUGUCACCACUGUAUCAAAAUUAAUAUUAAUAUUCUACUGUGUAUCAAUGUAUAUUAAUGGAGUUUGUAUUGUUUUACAAUUUGCAACUUUGCUGUACCUACUUGUGUCAAGAAAGCACAAAUACUAAGUAGCCUUUGGUAAAUAACUAAAUUAAACAGGAAAAUUCCAGGAAUGCCUCUAUACAUAUAUAUAUAUAGGCAGUGAUAUAGAAUUUAGAAUUAGAACAAAUGCACAUUUAAGAAGUGAAACAUGAUUCUCAAUACAAAAUGUCACUCUUUCCUCCAUCCAUUUAAUCCUCUUUAUUGGGGGAAUCCCUUGGGGGAAUGAGAGCAUUAUCCAGUAGGUAGGGGAGGGCCCGUGUUUGCAGAAGUGAAAUUGAUAUUUAAAGCACUCCAGUCUCCAGUUUUUUUUUAAUCAAAAAAGCCAAGCCCAUCAUUUACUGCAAAAACAAAAAAAGGGUUUGCGUGACUGUUCCAUUGCUUCCUGAAAUGUCUAAGUCUUCCAAUUGUUAUUCUUUAUAGACAUAAAUAAACUUCCCAUACCAUGUCUGCUUUUUAGUAAUGAUAAAAGUGAAAUGAGCAGACAGGGGGUUAUUUUGAGUGACUUAGUUUUGGUGAGUCUUUCAAAAGGGGUCUACCCUCAGUGUAGAUUUCUUUUAUAGCUUUAUUUUACAUUACUGUGCUUUCCAAAAUUCACCUAAGUAAGGAUUAGAAGAAAAAAAAGGACGGUUUUGUUGUCCUUUGCUUUAUUUUGGUUCAGUAAAACUUUUGUAAAUUAUCUCAGCACAGGUAAGUUGGUCUGUGUUGUUAUUUUAACUUCAUGUUUUAUUUUUACAGAGUUGUGGUUAAUUAUUAUGACUCGCAAAAGCACACCUGUAGGACUAAAUCAUGUACUACAAGCAUUCGUCGCACAUAAUGAGAGCACAGUGCACAACUAACGGUGAAAUUGUUCCACUUAUAUAUAUUUUUUUGAAGUUCAAUGUUGCCAUAAAGAAAUCCAGUUGCAGUCCAUUUUAGAUACAGCACUAACAAUACGCCUUACCCAAACCCUUUACUCUGCACUUUUAGUGUAGAUACAGUAUGCCUGUGUCUGCAAGGUAGUGUUAUUUCAAGAGAAAAUCUAAAUAAUUCACUUAUUCUACUGAGUUGGAAUGAUAUUCAGAAACAAUAUUACAUCGUGUGCAAUAAUUCAAUAAUCAGCAUUUGUGUCUUUUCCAUGAUAAGACAAUACUGAGCAUUAUGCUUGCACAGUGCUAUUGACCAUUUCUCACGCUUUGGGUUGUUCAUGUGUUACAUUACUGUUGUAUUGUUGGAAGCUCACUCAGAAAAUGUGUUAUCUUUCUUUGUAUAAUUGCUUAGCUGAACAUAUUUAAACACAGCACGACAUAGCAAAUGUUCCUACAGCAUGUAAACAUUAUAUUCAUUAAUUUAGCUCAGGGUAUGUAAUUAUAAUAUCACUUUAUGUAUAAUAAAUGUUUAUUUCCCAGAUGUGUGCACUAUAUUACAAGUUAGACAUACUCAGAAUCAUUCCAUAUAUAAAUCAAUAAUCCAAGCCCUAUUUAACUUUUGGUAAUUUAUUUGUAAUUAAUAUAUGUAUUGUAAAUACAAUAAUCUUUUAUCUAUAUGCAAACUUUAUAGUUCAAUAAAACCCAUUAUUUUGCAC